CACGAUCCUAAGGCGCCUGCCGCGGACCCGUCCGACAACUUAGAUCCUGUUGAGCAGGGUACAGCUGCACGUGAUGUUCUCGAUAAGCACGAGUAUUUCUCUCGGACAAACUUUCUUGCAAUUUCCGAACUCUGUUUAUUCGUGGGGAGACCACGAGAAGCCAUUUGGUACCUAGAAUACGAGCGACUGACACUGCGCAGCCGCAGAGACCGUC